GAUGACAAGAUUCUCCAGUUCGAAGGGGUUUCGAUCUACAAGGAUGACGUCUCUAAUCUACGCGAUGAUGAGUGGUUGAACGACAACGACAUUUCCUUUGUCUACGAACUACUCGAGGCCUACCAGCUCACGAAGCUUUCGCGUAAAAUGGCGCGCCGGGCGUACGGAAAGCCCGCCAAUCCUCACACCAUUCUUCUUCUCAGACCAUCCAUGGUGUUUCUACUCGCGCAGUCGCGGGGCGACGAGGUGGCCCUGCUCAAGGGGGUAUUGCCGCCCUUGGAGAAGGCCGAUUUCAUUUUUCUUCCAGUAAAUGACAAUUCGGACCCGGAAUUAGUGGAGGGUGGUUCGCAUUGGUCGCUUAUUGUGAUUAGCAUUCUCGACGACAAGGCGUUUGUUAUCGACACCUUGGAUGCGGCCAACCACAGAGAGGCCAGGCAUAUUGUGAAGCAGGUCGGAUACUAUCUAGGGAACCCAUCAAUUGAUAUCGAGGAAUUGAAGGUUCCCCAGCAGAUCAACGGGAGUGACUGCGGAAUCUUAGUAUCGCAAAUCAGCGCCAUUUUGGCGGGGAAGCUCGUGAACGCGAAGGAUGAUCACACCAUUGAUUUCACGAUGAAGCAGUACGGCAUUAGCGCUAUAGACGGACGAAUCUGGGUGAUG